UUGACAUUACUAAGCAGCGUGAACGCCAUUCUACUGCAAUAGAUUGUGGGUGGCAUGUAAAUUUCAACAAUCGUAAAGGCACUACUGAGAUAAUUUGUACGUCACUUGAAGACAAACACAGUCAUGAAAUAAAUCCCAUCAUUGAUCAAACAGCAUCACACUUUUGCAGAUUGUCAGAAGAAAUGUUCGAAGAUAUAAAGUUUUAUACUUGUCAUACCAUUAGCAUAGGUGCUAAAAUGCAGUAUAAUAUUCUACGUGCGAAAUAUCCUGAUAAGUAUAUUAAUAAAAAGGACGUAUAUAACACUGUUCAACGGUUCAAAUCACCAUCUCUUGAAAACAUAAAAAAUGAUAUUACGGAAACUUUGCAUC